UUUGACUAUGAUGUUGAUGAGAGUGACCAGUUGACACGAAUAUUUUGGGCGGAUCCGGUGUGCAUAAAGAAUUAUGCAUUAUUUGGGGAUGUUGUUUCGUUUGAUGCUACAUACGAGACAAACAGGUAUAACAUGGUUUUUGCCCCUUUCACUGGCGUUGAUAAUCAUAAGAAGUGCAUUACUUUUGGUGUUGGGUUGUUGUUGAAAGAAGAUGUUGAAUCAUAUGUUUGGUUGUUUCGUUGCUUUUUGAAUGCAAUGGGUCGGGAACCUAGGUGCAUCAUAACAGAUCAAGAUCCAUCCAUGAAAAUUGCUAUUCCAUAGGUUGUCACUACAACAUGUCAUAGAUUUUGUAUGUGGCAUAUCAUGUCCAAGGUGAGUUCUAAAGUUGGUCCGGUUUUGAGUAAAGACUCAAAUUUUAUGAAAGAAUUGAAUUCAGUCGUGUGGAGUCAUUACUUGCAGCCAUCAGAAUUUGAAUUGAGAUGGACUAAUUUGAUGAGAGAAUAUGACCUACUUGAGCACAAUUGGUUUUCUCACAUGUUUGAGAUUAGG